AUGGCGCGCGCCACCUUGUCGCCCACCGAGGGGUUGAGGGGGUUCCAGGUGGGCAGGACCACCCCCUCGGAGCAGCUCUCCUCCUCGGAGCAGUUGGCCGGGGGCCCGGGGGUGUUCCGUGUUGAUGUCCAGGUGUUUGAGGCGGUGUUCCAGACCGUGUUGCUGUCCAGCUCUCUGUGUUCCACCAUUCUGUUCUUCUUGCAGAUCAUCGCGUUUGACGAGCUUCGAACCGACUUCAAAAACCCCAUCGACCAGGGCAACCCGGUCCGGGCGAGGGAAAGGAUUCUUAACAUUGAGCGUAUCUGCAGCCUCCUCCGAAAGCUGGUGGUCCCAGAGUACUCCAUCCACGGUCUCUUCUGUCUGAUGUUCAUGUGUGCGGGGGAGUGGGUGACUCUGGGUCUCAACAUCCCCCUGCUCUUUUACCACCUCUGGAGGUUCUUCCACCGGCCGGCCGAUGGCUCAGAGGUGAUGUACGACCCGGUCAGUGUGAUGAACGCAGACAUCCUGAACUACUGCCAGAAGGAGGCAUGGUCUAAGCUGGCCUUCUACCUGCUCUCCUUCUUCUACUAUCUCUACAGUAUGGUCUACGCCUUGGUGAGCUUCUAA